AUGAGCAGAGGGUUUUCAGUGCUGGGAGUAGCCGGGGCCCUCAUUUGUGGUGUGGCCAUUGGCUACACUACCUGGCAGCCCGAACUCGUGAGAAUCCGAGCGGAACAAUCGGGCGAAAAGCUCGAGCAGCCUCCGCGGAAUGACAAAAUCAUUAGCGAGGCAAUCAUGAGCGAUCUCCAAGAAGCCAAACAGCAAGUGACGGAGGUGCAAAAGGGAGGGUUUGCUUGGGGUAUCAGACAAAAGCUAUUUGGACCGAGAGAGCGAACGUCGGAGUCUGCGGCGCCACGCGACCAGAAGAGCAGCACAGAUGCCGGAGGUGGCACAUGA